AUGGUGGGCAGUCAAAUUCUAGAAACAGGGGGAAUCAAAAUUUUGAGUCGAAGACCAGUCAGGAAGAUCUCGAUUGAGAGACUUUCGUAUGAUUUGAAAGAAAAGAAGGAGUCGAUUUCUGUUUGCCAGCCUAAGUUAUCUAAAGAGGAUGUCGCACGGUUCAGAUAUGUUGUCUUACUGACUGAUUUCAUAGUUAACAAUUUGAAGACCAAGUUAUUAGGAAAGUUAGAACAAUCUAUUGUAGACAUUCAAUUGAACCCUAUAGAAAUAAGCAAUGCUUUUGGGGAUUGUUCUGCCCAUGAGGUAACUAGUGCCAAA